CUGAGAAGGUGCGACUGGGGUGAGUUUGGAGGGUCCAGUCAUACCUUCUGAGGAGGUACGACUGGAGGUAUAAUGGGAUAAUGAAAGCAUCCAGCAUCAAGCAGACCCUAGGCCCUAAGUCGGCCCAUAGUCUGACCUCCCAUGAUCAGAUAAAAAUCCGAAAUGGCCGGCGCUUCGCUUCACCCUCCUUUUCUUCUUCUUUGGUCCCGGAAUCGCCGCCGUUGAAGUCUUUGGAAAGGCCAUGGCGCAGUCCCUGCCAGGAGCGUCUUCCAUUCUGGAAGCCCCUGGCCGAAGCCCUGACCAGCUUUGCGCCGAUGGGCUCCAGAUCGAACGAGGCCGCCAAGGCCUCACGGCCGGCGUUGGGUGGGUCCCGCAUGGCGCCGGGAUGAGGCAAGAACGUUUGAUUUGCCUCAUCUAACUUGGAUCCCUUGGCUCAAGGCAAUGAGGUAGUUUUCCAGGAUCGAACCAUAAAGGCUUCCAAUGCUCUUGAGCACAUGGAGGCAUUCCGUGCAACACUUGAAUUGGUAAGAAUCUCUGCUUACACCAAGCACUUGUGGCAAACGAUUCCAGCUACCAUUGAUGCAAAAUGAUGCAAAGAAGCAAUGCCCCUCAAACAGAUUCAAGAAUGUAUCCAUUUGCCAGUGAGUCUGAACAAUCAAUUCUUGAAUCGUCGUUUGAAAGGGGUGCCUCAAACCGAGGCUGCUAUGGGCAAAAGGCUAUCAAAAGCACACAGGAGGAAAUUGGGACAUUCAACAGAUUUCACGGUAAAGUAGCUUUUUUGCUUCACCUCACCAAUCUUCACAUUGAUCCUAAAAGUAACCCACAGCUCCAUCAUGCUCCAUCCCCACAGCUCCAAGGACAAAAGCCUUGACCGAGCCAUAUAUUUUCAUUUCGGGGACAGCAUCGUCCCAGCGAUGUCUUGAACAAGGCCGGGCAUUCCCCGUGCCAAAGGCAGGCAAGUGCUAUAGUUGGAACAACAGCACUUGCAGAGCAUCUCAGCAUGUUCGACCAAGGACGAGCU